AUCGCGGCUUCCGUAGCCACGCACCGCGUGACCAGUAAACGCGGAAGUGAAAGGCCGAAGUAAACAUUCAUGUAGCUGACUUGCUCGCGCACUUCUCUUCAACAGAGGAAGUCGUCGGAGCUGUGUCCCACUCCGUGCCGCGUGACUUGACGGCCAAUCGUCAAGAUGGACAAAGCGAAAAUGUCGCGUUCAUGGUUCAAGUCUCUCCUCGUCUGCGUCACUCUCGUAAGCAGCCAGAUCGGCGACAACGGGGCUUUGGCCAAAUCGAACAGGAGACCGAACAUCGUUCUGAUCCUCACCGACGACUUGGACAUCGCCAUGGGGGGCAUGACUCCACUCAACAAGACCAAGAAACUCAUCGGUGACGCGGGCAUCUCCUUCACCAAUGCAUUUGUGGCCAGUCCGCUGUGCUGCCCCAGCCGCGCCAGCAUCCUGACGGGCAAAUACCCGCACAACCACCACGUCAGCAACAACACGCUGGAGGGCAAUUGCAGCAGCGUGGCCUGGCAGAAGAGUCAGGAGGCGCACACCUUUCCCGCGCUGCUCAAGAACCUGGCCAGUUACCAGACCUUCUUCGCCGGGAAGUACCUCAACCAGUACGGCCACACGGAGGCUGGCGGAGUGGAGCACGUUCCUCUCGGCUGGAGCUACUGGGUGGGACUGGAGAAGAAUUCAAAGUACUACAACUACACGCUGUCGGUGAACGGCAAAGCUCAGAAGCACGGGGCCGACUACAGCAAAGAUUACCUGACGGACGUGCUGGCCAACGCGUCGUUGAACUUCCUGCAGUCCAAAUCCAGCUCCCAGCCCUUCUUCAUGAUGGUGUCCACGCCGGCCCCCCACUCGCCGUGGACGGCGGCCCCUCAGUACAGGGACCGUUUCAACACUACCAAGGCGCCCCGAGACCCAAAUUUCAACGUCCACGGCAAGGACAAACACUGGCUGAUCCGGCAGGCCAAGACGCCCAUGAGCAACUCGUCCGUCGCCUUUCUGGACGACGCCUUCAAAAAACGGUGGCGCACCUUGCUGUCCGUGGACGACCUGGUGGAGAAGAUUGUGAGCAGCCUGGAGGCCAGAGGGGAACUGGACAACACCUACGUCUUCUUCACGUCGGACAACGGAUACCACACUGGUCAGUUUUCUCUACCUCUGGACAAGCGGCAGCUGUACGAGUUUGACAUCCGCGUUCCUCUCAUGGUGCGAGGACCAAACAUAAAGGCCGGCCAGAGCAGCCAGUUUCUGGUGGCCAAUGUGGACCUGGGGCCCACCAUGCUGGACCUGGCGGGAAUCAACGUCAGCAAGACGGAGAUGGACGGCGCCUCCUUCCUGCCCGUCCUGGUGAGCCGCCAUCUCGUCGCCACUGUUGAGGCUUUCAAUGACCGCCGUGGCUUUCAGGAGGGCAAGGUCAACGGCAGCUCGUGGAGGAGCGACAUCCUGGUGGAGUACGAAGGAGAAGGACGCAACGUCUCCGACCCCGCCUGCCCCCUGCUGGGCCCCGGCGUGUCGGAGUGCUUCCCAGACUGCGUGUGCGAGGACUCGUACAACAACACGUACGCCUGCGUGCGCACCGUGGCGCCCUCGGCCAACCUGCAGUACUGCGAGUUCGACGACGACGAGGUGUUUGUGGAGGUCUACAACUUGACGGGGGACCCCUUCCAGCUCAGCAACAUCGCCAAGACCAUCGACCAGGAGGUCCUGGAGAAGAUGAACCAUCGGCUGAUGAUGCUGCAGUCGUGCGCGGGGCGGACCUGCCGCACGCCCGGCGUCUACGACGCUCGCUUCAAAUUUGAGCCCCGCCGGAUGUUCAGCGGCCGCACGUGGAAGCAGAGCAGACUGCGGCAGAAGAUCAAGUGAAAAGGACGCAGGAUUCCCCCCCCCACGCCGCCCCCCCCCCCUUCUUGUUGCCUUGUUUGGGAGUUGUAUUCACACACAAUUUGUCGCGUUGUUCACGAAAGAAAAGUUCACUAUUUGAACUUGAAGGAGCCCAAAGAUUUGAAUUCUGUUGAACGGAGCCAAGAGACUCUCUUUCUCAUUUUGCUACUGAUUUUUCUUGUUGAAAGUUUUAUUCUGAAAGACUGAUGCAAUGCACGUUCUUAAACUUUUGGGGUCCAGGACGAGAUUUUCCUCAUCAUCCUUUUGCCAAUUAAGCAGAAGCCGUACAUGCCAGAGGAAUUUGAAAAUCACAAAUUGUCCAUCCAAUUUAUUUUAUAUCAAAAGUAGCGAGAACACGCCUUCCGUUUAUACUAAAAACACCAAGGAACAUUUAUUUGUAAUCUUUUGAGAAAGUUGCUUAUUUGAUAGAAAAAAAGGUUGUCACACUUGCACAUUAUUUGUUGUCAUGCUAUGAGAAAGUGGCAUUUUUCUCUCUCCGCUAUAUAAGAAAAAAGUAUUUUCUGGAUAAAAGCCGUUUGAAAAAUAAAAAUACAAAUAGUCAUCUUACUAGAAUAGUCCUAAUUUUUAUAUGAAAGUAGGAAAAAAGGAAAAAAAAAAAGCCUUAAAAAAAUAUUUUUUUCUUCCAAUAUUCAUGUCAUCUUUUAACUGUCAAUCACUAAGUUUGUGGACCCCAGUUUGAGAAGCGCAGACAACGGAACAAAACUUUCCCGACUGUGAAAUCUUUCUUUUGAUCGAAUGUUUGCUGUUGACAUUAACUGCACUUUUUCUCGUCGUGCUUUUGUGCAAAUAAAAUGGAUUUCAUCUGUGAAAACGUUGCCUCGUUUGCGUUGACCCGUAUGAAAGGAGAAAGACAGUUCGCACUUACGGUCGUCGGCAGCAGUCGUUGGUUCUGCUGCGUGGAGCUUCUACGGCCGCUCUUCAGGAGCGUCUUGGUGUGCUGGGAGAGAACUCACACCUGCACACGGGUUACCUUCUCAAACAAACACUCUGAGAUUACAAUGAACUUUUAUUAUAAAGGUUACUUUGAAUAGCUGCACAGUUCUUUCUCUCUGCUGCGGAAAGAGACCAUUACAACAAAAAUACAACCAUUUCCUUCCAUCUCCACUUGCUAUUAAACAACAGAAAGGCACUGCUGAGGUUUUCUGGACUACUCGCUUCAAUAUGGCUUCAAGGCUUGGAAAUCGGCAACCGAUUAACGUCCAUUCGAAUGAGGACGACUAACAUCGUCUCAAACAUCCAGUUUGAAAACAUUAAGACCGUGCAUCAACCAGCCUUUGGAUAACAUGUUGCCAUAGUAACACAUCAUGCACAUACAUGAGGCUAACAUGACUGAUUCAGUGUAUACUCUCAAAAUAGGAAAGCCAAAAAAAAAAAGCCAAGAUCAAGUACAAAAAUCAUCAUUAACCCGUCAUCCCUGAAUUGAAGUCAUUUAAAGUGCCCCUAAAAAAUAAAGACAAGCCUUUAAGUUGAUACAACUGAGCAACAGCUUACAACAAGUGAUACGUGUCUUCACGGAUACGUUCUAAUUAAGCACGGAAGCAUACAAAGGCCCAAGACAAAUUUCAUUUGAAUUAACGUUACAUCAUUGAAGAAAAUCGCCAAAAUGCCCUAUUUUGUUUGCAUUUUCUAACUAGUUCAAAUAAUGCCCUCUUUAGUUUUGCUUCUGAACAUUCCAUGCUUCCGUGUAAAGCCAGUGUUUAUUAGACCUAAAAAUCAUUUAAAUAAACCUCUACUCGAUAUAUUCUGCAUCUACUUUUUCUUUUUGCACCAGGCAACACCACAAAUUUAUCUUUGGUUAUAUCGCCCGAGAAUAUGAAAAAUACAAAUAGGAGACUCAAGUUGGAUAGUAGUUGCGGCUUUUGUCCACUAGAAGGUGCUGUUUGACUAGACAUUAUGCUGUCACGGAAUUGGGUGGCGUGUACUAAAAGAUUUUUUCGUAACAAAUCAUUUGCCUCCUCGUGCUCAUGUAUGAAAAUUUCCGGAUGAAUCCAAAAUGAAAAAAAGUAAAAGAUUGGAGCACAUUUUAGGUUCAAACUACGAGUAUUUGAGUGAAUUUUGUGACAAAUGUUUCUUUCCUGUUCACCACAAUUCCCCAUCCUCCUGGUCACUUGAAAGCACCCAACGCUCGCUUGCCAGACGGCGCUCCCAAACGCUAUGGGCCCGCCUCAGUCUCUUUUUCGUUCCUCUACUUGGUUACAUUUCUAUUCGACUUCCUCUUCUUUGCAUGCUUUACUUCCGAAAGCGCUCCAGCCGGCGACUCCAACUUUCUCAUCUUCCUAGCGUAACUUCCUUGUGUUUUUCUUCGCUUGUCUGCAUUGUGAUUGUUUUGCCGCUCAACU